AUGGCGUGGAAGAGUCACUCGAUCAGAAUCUUAGUCCUCGAGGAAAAUCACCAAUAUUUUCAUGUUGACUGUCAGAUACCUGGGCGAAAUUCCUUUAUCUUGACUGCACUUUAUGCAAAACCUCAUCAUGACUAUAGACAGCAGCUCUGGCGAAACUUGUUCAAUCUUUCACAGUCCAUUUCUAAUGCUUGGGUUGUAUUUGGCGACUUCAAUGAUAUUCUAGCUGCCUCAGACCGCAUAGGAGGUGCUCAAAUUCCUUAUAACCGAAUUGAUUGGUUCCAAAGCAGAAUUAGGGAUUGUGGUUUAGUGGAUAUGGGAUUCAAGGGCCCUAAAUUCACCUGGAGGGGUCCUCGGCUCAACGGACUCAGACGGCUGUAUGAGAGAUUGGACCGAGCUUUGUGCAAUUCUGAGUUUCUCAGUUCCCUUUCGGACUGCUACUUAAAGGUACUUCCAAGAACUAAUUUUUCUGAUCAUAACCCAAUCUGUCUUCAAUUUCACUCGUCUCACUCUGGUGAUGUUGUAAAGCCGUUUCGCUUUGAAGCUAUGUGGCUUGAGCAUGAUGAUUUCAAUCGUUUCCUUUCCAGUUAG